AUGGGCGAGUUCGACGAUUACUGGGCGCGGGCGUACAGGGGCGACCCCGCGGUGCCGCAUUCCGACCCGCAGCGGCUCAUCUCCACCUGGACCGGCGCCUUCGCCCUCGGCGCCGCCGCCUGCGUCCACCACCACGUCACCGGCCUCGCCUCCAACCUCAAGUCCCUCCCCCACAGGCAUGCCUUUCUAUCUAGUACUACCUAUCACCAACCGCCCUUCACGCUUAGCUGGCAAGACAUGACAAUGAUGCUCGAUCAGAAGCGCUGGAAGAAAAUUCUUGACAAGAAGCAGCAACAAGCUUAA